CAACAAAAGUUAUGGAACGUGUGUUUUCCUCCCAGAGGCUUAUGUGUGGUGUAGAUACUAAUACUCAGGAAUAGAAUGUUGUGUAAAAUGUUGAAGCUGAUUUUGAAAGGGUAUGUUUUGAUAAACAGAUGGUCUCUGAAACAUCCGUCAGACUAUUCAAAUAACAUACAGCUUCAGCACUUUCCUCCAUGCCAUGCACAUAUAUAAAAUGACAGGAGACAGUUCUCAUCCAGACAGACAGAGUGCCUUUUAAGCCUGAAGUAGACUUCAAAGCUUCUGCGUUUCAGAAAUGGGUGAUGGGAAUGUACAAAUGACUGCGUCCCUCCUCACUGAACCAUUUCACAUUUCUACCUUCACCUGAAAUAAAUGUCUGCAGGUUUCGCUUUUCUCAUAAAUGCCACCACUACACACCCAGCCCCCUUGUGCAAUUGCCUGUCCUGAAAUAUUUGUGAAACUUGAGAAGUGUAUGUAACAGAGCUCUCUCAUGUUUUAUCCUUUUUUUUUUCUUGACAGAUUGAAGACACCCAAACGGGCCGUGUUUGCAGGCAGCAUGCAGCUGUUGGCUGGAAUUAAGCUGUGCACAGGGAGAGUAUUGACAAACCAUCCACACUAUGAGGACCAGGCACUGAGAGAGAGGACCAGACAGGUAUAUCAGAUCUAUGCGCGUCAGUCUGCUGAGGAGGUUCAUAAAGUUCUCUGUUCAGUUGGAGCGGACUACAUUGUACUGGAGGACAGCAUCUGCUACGAGCGCAGACACCGCCGUGGUUGUAGGCUGAGGGACCUGCUCGACCUGGCAAACGGACAUAUCAUGGACGGCCCAGGUGAAAACGAGCCGGACCUCAUCCCGGCAACUCACCCGCGUUUUUGUGAGGCCAUUAAGACUGACAUGCCUCCGUAUUCAACACUCUUCACACGAGUGUUCAAAAACAAGACGUUUAACGUGUACAAACUCAUGAAACUCAAGAAGAAAAACAAAGCUGAGAACGGUCCCUAAUGCUCAUUCCUCAACAGCAGUCGCCCACCUUCAAUGGAUGGAUGAACGCCCCAUCUGGAAUGUUCAAUGAGUGUGUGAUAGUAGCAGGUGUGUGUGUGUGCGGCUGUGUGCAUGAGAGAGAUUGGAGAGAUGCCUGAUUGAGCCAGCACGCACUCAAUGAUUCGGUGUGUGUUUGUGUGUGUAAAUCUGCUCUGAGCCGGUCUGCCGCAACAGGAGCUCAAGUUUAACAUGGAGAGACGGGAGGAAAAGCUCUUUUUCUCACAGUCUGUCGCACCUCCCCACUCUCUCUCUGAUCAUCACAUCUCUUUCGACACGUGCCCUUCCACCAAACACACAUUUAUGAUAUUUCUCACACAAUGCGAACUAAAGAUGCAACAACUGCUUUCACAGCCUCAUUCCUGUCACACUUCCAACAAAAUCAAAUGAGGAAAUUGCAAUGGGUAACAAUGCUUUGUAACUGGAGUUCACAAGAGCAGUUUGGGGUAAUUAGUGACUGUGGCAGUGUUGUCUUUAUAUCUGCCAAACUGUGUCAAGUUGGGCUACAUCCUGCUGUUUGGCUGUGUAAAGAAAAAAAAAACCCCUGAAGAACCAGCCUUACUCAUGGGCAUAAAGAAAGUGCCAUAAAUACUCCUAAGAAUAAAUGUGGCAAAAUUUACUUUGA